GGCACAACUGAUUGACAAAUGAGGUUAUAAUUGUGGUUUACAAAUUGUUUUGUAAAUCUAACACAAUUAAUUUUAUUUGAAAUUUUUUAGCUAUUGAAAUGCCUGGGUGGUAUUUUGAUAAAAAAGAACUAAGGAAUACACCAUCAGCUCAGGAUGGUAUAGAUUAUAAGACUGAAAUGCGAUAUCGUAAAGAAGGAGCCAGGUUAAUAAUAAACACUGGUUCCAAAAUGGACUUGGGAUACAACACAAUGGCAACUGGAGUAGUUUAUUAUCACAGAUUUUAUAUGUUCCACUCGUUCAAACAGUUUCCAAGAUAUGUUACAGCAUGCUGCUGUUUAUUCCUCGCCGGCAAAGUAGAAGAAACCCCAAAGAAAUGCAAAGAUAUAAUUAAAACGGCAAGGAGCUUACUCACAGAUCAGAAAUUUGCUACAUUUGGAGAGGAUCCAAAAGAGGAGGUAAUGACAUUAGAAAGAAUUUUACUCCAAACAAUAAAAUUUGAUCUUCAAGUUGAACACCCCUACCAGUACCUGUUAAAAUAUGCCAAAUGUCUUAAAGGUGACAAAAGCAAAUUGCAGAAAAUGGUCCAAAUGGCAUGGACUUUUGUAAAUGAUAGUUUAUGUACAACAUUAGCCUUACAAUGGGAACCUGAAAUAAUUGCAGUGGCAUUGAUGUAUUUGGCUGGUAAACUUAGUAAAUUUGAGGUAGUUGAUUGGAUAGGAAGAAAUUCAAAACAUUGUCGAUGGUGGGAUAUGUUUGUUGAAGAUGUUACUUUGGAUUUAUUAGAAGAUAUUUGCCAUCAGGUAUUAGAUUUAUAUUCCCAAGCAGAUAACACAAACGCAGCAGAUAGCCCUCCACCAUCUUCACAAAAAGGGGCCCCUGCUGUUUUACCUGUGUCUAAUAGAACUUCAAAUGGCCAUGAGAAAAUAUGUUCUCCAGAUCAACCAGCUCCUGUUAACAUCAAAAUUCCACCGCCAUCAGAAAUUCCUCAAUUUCCUUACCAGACUUUUACUGGGGGCCCUCCACCAGUACCUAUGUAUCCUACACCAGUUAGUGCAUUUUCUUCAGCUCCUGUAUUGGCAGCCGCGCACCCGCCCCAUUUAACAGGUCCUCCACCUGGACCACCACCUCAUAUAACUGCUCCACCACCAACAGUAUUUCCUUAUGUUAACCAUCCUCCACCAUUUGUACCUCCUGUUGUAUCUUCUGGAGCACCUCCGUUUUAUCCAGCAAACGCUCCUCCACCAGCUCAACCCCAGCAUAGGCCAUUCUAUCCUCCCCCUACAUAGUUUUUUCAGAAUUACGUUUUUUGGUUAAAUAAAGAAUGCAGAUGACUGUGUCAGUUAUGAAAUUAAUUUUAAUUUUAUAUUCAAUGACUCUAUAAUAUCAUGUAAAUGUAAAAUGUUAUCUAUUUUUUUUUAUUUCUAAAUUAUCACUUUCUACAGCUAAAUUGGAGCAAAAUAUCUUCAUCUCUGAACAUACAGUAUUUUUAAGCAGUGAGGUUUAUUAUUCAAAAAUUUAAUUUCAUUAUUGUUUACAAGAGUUUCUAAAUGUUAAGGUUUUUAAUUCAGUGCAUAAAAAAUAGAUAUGUCCAGAGAUAUUAAUUUGUUUGUAAAUUACAUGGGAUAUUCAAUAAGGAUUUGUCCAAGGUUUUAAUAAAUUUAUACCUUCAAAACGGUGAUGUAUAUAUACAAAUGACUAUUAAAAAUUUCUUAUGAAUUUUGUUACAAUUAGAAAUUUAUUUUUCAUUUAUUUUAAAAAUAAUAUUUGAUAUAUGACUGCAGUGGAUUUAAUGAUCUUUUUGCUCUGGCUCACUUUCUUUUUUUAUAUUACAUAAUCAAUUCUACAGUAUCAUUUAUAGCGGAUUAGCUUAUACUAAUGAAUAAGAGCCAUAACUGCAUCACUUUGCUUCCAGAAAAGAAAUGUCCCAAGAUAAGUAAGUAACCCAUAACUCCUUGCGGAAAACUUAAUUUCUACAAAAACAAUACCACCUUCUCCCAAACAUUUCUUAGCUAAUAUUGUAAACACUUCCCAUAGACGAGACCGCCUAACGCCAGUUGAAUGAUCUCACUAUGGAAGAUAUUUUUGUAAAAACUUUUAUUUCCAACGAAUAUAAAAUUAUAUAUUCUUGUUGUGUUAAAUCGGAUGAGCCACAUUGUUACUUCAUUUUUCUUGGAUAAAUCCAUAUUGUUAUAGUAUGCAUUUGUUAAAUCACUAAAUUUUCAUGUCUAGAAGUUGAACUGAAAAACUUUUGCUAUACAUAUUAACAAAUUAUGUAGUUGAAUUGAAAUUUGUAAAUAAUGUGUAACAGUAAGACUUAUUUUAUUUUUGUAAAUGAACAAAUAGUUGCAAUUAUUUCCUAAUGUUAAAUAAUCUAUUUAUUUUGUAAAUAUGAGAUUAGAAAUCAUAAAAAAUGUAUCAGUCAUAUUAUUUGCUUUUAUUUCCUUUCAAAAUGAACAAACGAUGGCUAAACUAAAACAAACAUGACAGUUUUCGAACUAUCAUCAACCCACAGUGAGUGCGCCGUCAAAUUUGGAAAGAAAUUACGGAUGAAUUAAUGAGAAAAAUUAGAACUGUUUCAAUAAAUUCGAGUUUUUACCUACAUCCAUUUAUGAUUAGGUUCAACUUUAAAUUAAAUUUUCACAUUACCCUUUGUGGUUAUAAAAAGUCUCUCAUUAGCACUACCAAUGGAAUGUGAGUUGUCUUUUUGAAAGAAGUACCUCAUCACUCAAUAAGUCGUGUGACUUACUAAGGAAAACACAUUUUGUGCCAAAAUCUCCUUCAACGACAACACAAUCAGUCCAACGCUUCUCUAACUUCUCGAUUCCGUGCUUGUAGAAGUAUUUGUCUUUUGCUUCAUAAUAGGUUACAAUUUCAGCAAAUGCUACUGAGCUGAAUUUCUUACUGGCGAGCAUUUUUUUGAGGUCAGCGAAUAGCCAGUAGUCCUUGGGGGCCAAAUCUGGACUAUACAGUGGACGAGGAAGCAAUUCGAAGUGUAAUUCGUUCAAUUUAACCAUCGUUGUCAUCGACUUGUGAAUCGGUGCAUUGUCUUGGUGGAACAGUGUUUUUUUCUUCGAAAUAUGAGGUCGUUUCACCUUGUUUUUUGCAUUCAAACGAUCCAACAACUCUAUGUAGUUUUUGUUAUUGAUUGUCUUUUCAUUUUGGAGCUAUUCAAUAAACAAUAUUCUAUGUGCAUCCCAAAAUACUGAAGCCAUAUCCUUCCUAGCUGAUUCUGGAGUGAAGUGAUGGAUUCAUGUUUCAUACAUUGUUAUAUCGACGCAAAAAAUCUGAUUUAUUAGGUGUAAACAUUAUGAAACACUGUUCUGAAUCACCAAGACGUUGUUUUUGAUCGACUGUGAGUAAACGCGGCACCACUUUGAAAAAAGCUUUCUCAUGGUCAACCGUUCAUGCAUAAUUGUAAACACACUGCCUUCUGAUAUCUUUACGGCCUCAGCUAUCUCACACAAUUUCAAUUUACGAUUAGAUAUAACCAAUUUGUAGACUUUUUUGAUGUUUUCUGGAGUAACCACCUUAAUUGGACGAUCAGAAUAUUCACCAUCAUUCUUUUCGAUGGAGGAGGGUCCCGAUAAUACUUUUGAAUCCAUCGUUCAGCGUGUACAGUAUUUUUUUUAUCAAAAAGCAAUGAUGAUUUAACACACGAAAUUGUUUUGAAAAUAAAAAAAGUAGCUGCACUUAAAUGGUUGUCACUUUUUUCUGACUAAUCGAAAUGUCAUUAAAUUUCACACAUAGUCUCUUGAAAAUUGGUACUUCGUGCCAUCUGUGUGUUAGUCACACGACUUAUUGGGUGAUAUAAUAUGACUUAAGGUGAGAUGUACAUGAAAAUAAUGCAGCGUUAAUAACUUAAUUGAAAAUAAG